AUGGCAAGCCAGGAUCAAGACAGUGAGGCUGCGGGCGCGUCGGCACCCUCAGACUGGAAGCCAUACUUUAUCGAGUGGCUCGAGGAGUUGCGAUCCGCCGCAUCAACCAGAAACAGCACCUUUCAGCGGGUGUACAGCAAAGCCCUCAAGUCCAUGCAAGCCCACCCAGGGACUCUUCAAAACGGCAAGGAUGCCAUGCAACUCAAGGGCGUUGGGGCUGGCAUUGCGCGCUUACUGGACGAGAAAAAGGCCAGUCUGUGCACCAAACGAGGUACAUCCCGGCCAGGCUCAACCUCGACCGACACUCAAGGCACAGCCGCCUCCACUGAUGCUGCCAGCGGUGCGGACGGUGGUCCACGGCGCAAGCGAGCUACUCGCGCAUAUGUGCCACGCCGAGGAUCGGGUGCUGCAGCCUUGCUCAUUGGGUACUUUGGAGCUUUGACACAGAGUGGCGGGGAGCUCGAGUAUCUGAGCAAACGGGAUCUGAUUGCUGUUGCCCAGCCUUAUUCGGAAUCAUCUUUUACCUCCUCUGACAAAAUGUCCCACUACACGGCAUGGAGCUCAAUGGCUGUGCUGCUUGAGAAGGGAUUGUUCCUCAAGUAUUCCAACCCAGCCAAAUUUAAGCUUACCCCAGAAGGCCUGGAGCUGGGUCAGCGUCUGUACCAAGCUAGGAGUGCUGCACGGACAGUAGAUGUGGCAUCGCCUCUCGUGACCUUUGCGGGCAUGAGCAAUAGAUCCGCCCCCCACGACGCUCGCAGCCAGAGGCACCCACCGCCACGACCAGCCGAGCACGCACCCACACGCCCAGACAACCAUCCAGCGCCCAAGGAGCCCGCCGCGAAUGCUGCGCCCCAAUCGGCAGAAUCCGCUCAGGCUGUGCCCCCAUGCCACAUCUGUGAGACCGCGCCCGCAAAGAUCAAGCAAACCCAUCAGCGCCAGCCACUCUCUAUUCCAAUGUCCCCAACUGCCCGAACAGUCUCCCCCGGCCCGAUGUCAAGCACGACCUUUGAUUCCAGCUUUGACCAAUUGCGGGAUGCGCCCACUCCCAACAGACAGCGCGCCACGCCCUUUGCAACUUUUCAGCGCUUGCGUGCAGCAUCGUGGCAGCUAGCGCCUCGAGAAUAUGACAUUGUGCUUGUGAUUGACUCUCGCGAGGACAACGGCCUUGCUUUUGAUCGUGGUCUUAUGAAGGAGCGGCUGGACGCCAUGGGCGUGCGCAGCGUGGCCAAGCGUCUUCCCCUCGGUGACUUUCUUUGGAUAGUGCAAGAACGUAUAACUCCAGUACCAGGACGUUUACGUGCACCAAUUCCCCGAGAACUGGUGUUGGACUACGUGGUGGAGCGGAAACGAAUCGACGAUUUAGUGGCCUCGAUCCGUGAUGGCCGCUACCGCGAACAGAAAUUUCGAUUUGCGCGCUCUGGAAUCAAUCGACCCAUCUACCUGGUGGAGAAUGCCGAUCUGAUCGAGCGGCAAACCAUGGCUGGCUCUGCCCUGAAGCAAGCACUUGUGAACAGUCAGAUUCACGAAGGAUUCUUUGUCAAGACGACUUCGAACCUGACCCAAACGCUGACCUACCUUGCUUUGAUGACGCGCUAUCUCCAACAAGCCUACCGGGAUACCACUUUUGCAAAUGGGAGCACUGGCGAGCAAAGCAAUCAUGCAGUUGAGCUGCAGACCUAUGAAGAAUUUUGCGAAAACAGCGCAAAGAACAAGGAUUUGAGUGUUCGGGACUUGUUUCUGCAGCAUCUGAUGUGCCUGCGUGGAGUUACGGUCCACAAGGCCACAGCGGUGGUGGAAGAAUUCGAAACGCCAGCCAAUUUCACACGCCUCAUCACUCAAAAAGGCAAGACAGUUGCUUGUCAAAUGAUAUCCAACCUAAACGCCUCGACCAACAGUGGCAAGCCAGCUCGGGUUGGCCCUGCCAUUGCAAAGGUGCUGGUGGAGCUCUACUCGCGGCUAACCGCGUAG